AUGUUUCAUAUUUCUGGCGACGCAGAGCUUUGUCCACGCCACGUUCUUAGAAGCGCGCUUCAGCAGUCCAUCUAUCUACGCCGACGUGGUGGCGACGGAGGAAGACGAGAACAAGGUGGUGCUGCCGACAAUGUUGCCAAGACGAAUCAGGCCAAGCUGUCGGCCACGAAGCUCGUUGCGCCCGGCUUUAGCAAGACGUCGCUCAUGAAGGCGCUCAGCGGCCGCUUUGUGUUGGAGAAGGUCCUGACGGUCGCGGGCGAUGUGGUGUGGGGCAGACCAACAGGCCAACAUCAUGCGUGCCUGCCGCAGCUGGUUGCUUACGUGGAGCAGCGCUACAAGCUCUCUCCUACGCUAAUGGUGAAGGAGAUCCUGGAGUACGAGCAGCGAGUACAAGUGUGUGACCACCGGCGAGAUGGAAAUCGGCAUGAACGCGGCGUCACCAAUAAGAUGCAGAAGACCGUGGUGGUCGCGCUGCUUCAUCUGGCGCCUAAGGUGGUCGAGGUGUUCGACGAGGUGACCAUCCUGAACGAGGGCGAGAUGAUGUGCCACGGCCCACGCAAUUCCAACAAGCGCAACACGGCGUUCCGCAAAGGUCGCGGUCCUAUGGUGAUCGUCAGGGGUCUGAUCAACGCGUCGAUGUUCUGGAACGUGGACCCGGUAAACGUGCUGGUUCCGCUGGGCGUGCUGUUCCAGGCAGUGUUGUUCCUGUCGCUGGACCAGAUCUCGCAGAUUCCAACGUUCAUGGCGGUGCGCGACAUCUCCUACUAG